CCCUAGAAAUCAAAAAGAGGGUUGAAAUUGGAGUAUGUGAAAAAGUAAAAGGAUAUGGGAGGGUGGAGGGUCCAAGAAAAUCGAAUCUAUUAUUAAAUAUAUUUUUAUUAUUCCAUUUUUUUUUUCUAUUUUUGUGAUUUUAAACAGCAUUAAAAUUGUGGGAAGACGGAAGGAUUUCGAAUUUUUGUGCGGGCAACUGGUGAAGUGAUUGGCUGGGAAGCUUCAGAUAUAUAUAUAUAUAUAUGUAAUUUGUGUGCGUGUGUGUGUAUAUGCGAGUUGAAUCUAGGGUUCAAGAAAUUUGAGUUGUGGGAACUGGGAAGGUUGACAACAUGAAGAAGAAGCUCGACACACGCUUUCCAGCGGCUCGAAUUAAAAAGAUUAUGCAAGCUGAUGAGGAUGUGGGGAAGAUUGCUAUGGCUGUACCCCUUUUAGUUUCAAAAGCUCUAGAGCUGUUUCUGCAAGAUCUUUGUGACAGGACUUAUGAGAUUACACUUAAAAGGGGAGCAAAAACUGUAAAUUCUUUGCAUUUGAAGCAAUGUGUACAGAGAUUUAACGUUUUUGAUUUCCUGAAGGACACUGUCAGUAAGGUUCCCGAUUUGGGUGGUUCAGAUGCUGCUACCGAGGACAAAUCUGCUACCAAAAGAAGGAAGAUUUCAGAAGGUGAAGAUGGCAAUACUGAUGAGUGUAAAAGAAUCCGCUUGCACGAGGCAGGUGACGCUAACAGCAAUGGUAGAGGCAGGGGUAGGGGUAGGGGUAGAGGUCGUGGCAGAGGUAGUCGGACUCUAGAGCGAGAAUCGGUCGUUCAGUACGAGAAAUUUGAAGAUGCCACUGACGGAUGUCACCAGCAUGAUGAGAAUCAGAAAGAAGAUUAUGUAGGGCUGGAUAACGUUGCAGGUGCUGCUGAUUCAAGAACAACAGGUAUAAAAGAUGAAGAUGAAUCAGUUAGAAAUUUUGACCUAAAUGUUGAAUUGAAUGAGAAUGGGGAUUCCACAUCGACAUUAGCUGGUGCUCCAUCUCAAUCUUCAAUGAAGCCAGCUGCUGGCUUGAAGCAUGAAGAUAUUCCUGGUUGGUCGCUGGAUGACGUGAAUAGGCUGGCUGUUGAUCCGGUUCAACUUGCCAAUUUCAAUGUAGGGGUGGAAGAUGAAGAUUAUGAUGAAGAAUAGUACAUUGCAAUCUUGCUCUUGCUUUUUUACCUGUAUCUUUUACAGGUUGGUAACUCUGUGCUAGAUGUAUAUAUGUCGUGGGAACAAACAGGUAGGUGAUUAAGAAUUCUAGGGUAACAAGAUAGAGUAGCAACAUUGUAGUUGGAGCUGAAUUUGCAAGUCUCUCUGUUCACUCAAUUAGAGUUAGGAUUUUGUAGAAAUUCUGGCUAACUAACAGGAACUCUUCUAUUGAGAAUCUGAAAAAAUUCUCCCCCUCCUUUUCUUUGGUUUUUCUCGUUUGUAAUCUAUUUAUUAACUGUAAUUUGUCUCGCCGUCAUACGUCCAAAAUGGCCUUGACGUUCAACCUGUUUUAUCUGAAAAUGAGGUUUUAUGUAUAUCCAUUCAGACAUUUAUUCUUACCUAAAGAUUUCUCUUUAUCAAUGGCCCAGCCGGUCACCUGAAAAAUGUGGAAAAUAAAGAACUCCUGAUGAGGCUCGCCUGAUAAGUUUAACCAAACCCUAGUAACAUUUAGUUCUUUAUCUGCGUUAUAUUGGUUAAGAAUAACAAGAAUUGUCUUUAGUAGUAAUGCCUCAAGCUGGUUUCUGGGAAUCUAAUUUUUGUCCUGCAUUUGCCAUCUGGGACAUCCUGUCAAGGUGAAUCAUCUCAAAUGCGCCUCCCUUUUGGCUUUCGUUGACUUUCUAUAAAAUCAUAGGAGAGACAAUUUAUGCUGAUGAUUGGAGCUUAAGCUGGAUGCUUAACAUCGUAUGUCUUUUAUCAUUCUUACUUUUAACUUGCUGGCUUUCUGAGUUAAUGAACAACUGUAUGAGACUGUUACUCAGAACAAGAAACUGAAUUGCCUCUAUUCAUUAAGGUUGUUUCUAGGUGGCAACUCUGCUAUAUCAUGUAUAGCCUGUUCUGGACUUCAGUUUCUUUAUAUGUUAUAUACCUAUAUGCAUCCUGUUUGAAGCUAUCAUGAGAGAUCAUACCAUAGUUCUCCAUGAGAAAGAGAACAAAUUCUCAGCAACCUGUGUACUCCUUCACCACUAAAACAGACAACAAUAACACCUAAUGUGGCCGAUGCUAGAAGGUUGAGACUGCAAAAAUAUACUCUAACCAGAUAUCAUUCGCGCAAAGCAAAACACUUGCAUGGAAAUUCACAAACUACACAGAAGAGGGAACUAAGCAACAACCACAUAUUAACAUUACUGCAGUUUCCACAUCAGUAGUGUAGCAUACACUGCAAUCACAAGUUAUAACUACAACACGCGAACAUUACAUAAUCCCAGACUCCAUUGCCUUCUAAUCUACAUCACAAAGUACCAUCAAGUUAGAAAAUCAGAUGCUUUUCAAACUGAUGUUAUUGAACUUGAG